GAUGGAGCAGCCAUUGGGGAAGUGAACAGAGCUUUAACGUAACUGAGGAGGGCUCUCUCCCUGGAAUAAAAAGGCAAAGUAAAAAAGCCAACGAGGACAGAAACAAUCAAGAUCCGAAAAGGGCCACUCGGCGACACAUAGCGUUAACUUUCAACCCUGUACCGGGACUCGACUACUGUCGGACGCAGUCACCGAGGCGACAGACUUGAACUGUGGAAGUUGGGAUACGUGCACACAGCGGAAAAUAUAGUUACAGCUGAGCCUGCUGCUACCACUAGCUGCACACAGCGGCACCGCUAGCCUCGCAGCUAACUGGAGCUGAGCUGUGAAUCGCUUUCAGAUCACGGAGCUUGACGUUCAGCCACAAGCUCAGGCUCUGUGAGAACCCAGGGACGUGUUUAAUGAAUUAUGUCUGCCACAAGCAUUGACCCUCAGAGAUCAAAAGGACAAGCGUCUAAAGUGCAAAAUGGUUCACUGCAUCAGAAGGAGACUGUCCAUGACAAUGACUUUGAGCCAUACCUCACUAGUCAGUCAACUCAGAACAACAGCUACCAGUCCAUCACCGACCCCUACCUCUCCAGCUACUACGCCCCCUCCAUUGGAUUUCCAUACCCCCUCAGUGAGGCUCCCUGGUCUACAGGUGGGGACCCCCCCAUUCCACCGUACCUCACCCCUUAUGGACCCUUGACUAAUGGAGACCAUCACUUCAUGCCGGACACGGUGUUUGGUCAGCCGGGGGGCCUGGGGAGCAGCAUCUACCCCCACAGGUUUAACUUUUUCCCUGAAAACCCUGCUUUCUCUGCUUGGGGCACAAGUGGCUCCCAAGGCCAGCAGACUCAAAGCUCAGCCUACGGUGGCAGUUACAGCUAUCCUCCCAGUUCCUUGGGGGGCACUCUAGUGGCUGAUGGUCAGACAGGUUUUCACAAUGACACCCUCAACAAAGCCCCCGGUAUGAACAGCCUGGAGCAGGGUAUGGUUGGCUUGAAGAUCGGAGGGGAUGUCACUGGCCAAGGGUCAGCAGUCAAGGCUGUGGGAUCCGUGAUUGGUGGCCCUGCGGUUGCAGCCACAGGCAAUGGAGCUACGCCUAUUGGAAUGCCCCCACCUAAACCAACCUCAUGGGCUGCUAUUGCCAGCAAGCCUGCCAAGCCUCAGCAGAUGAAAGUGAAAGUGAAGCCAGGGAUGCCCAAUCCAGGGGGAGCUCUGCCCCCGCCUCCCAUCAAACACAACAUGAACAUUGGGACCUGGGAUAAGGGCCCAGUGACUAAAGUAGCCACAGCUCCACUGCAGCAACAGCAGCAGGCGCUCGGACUGCCGCAUGCUGUGCCUCCCCAAGCCCCCAUGCAGCAAGGACCCAUGCAGCCUCCCCCUCCCCAGUCUUUGGUGCAGCCCCAGUUGCAACCUAUGGCCUUACAGCCCCAGCCCCCACAUCACCAACACCAUCAGCCACCACCGCAGUCCUACCAAAACCACACCCAGCCCCUACAAGCCCAGACCCGCUGGGUGGCCCCCCGCAGCCGCAACCAGGGCUAUGGCCAGGGUGGCCCCUGCCUGGAUGGUAGUGGUAUGAUGGGUUUGGUUGGCAGUGGUAACAAUGGGCCUCAAACAUCUGCCAACCAAGGACCUGGUGGAGAAUCUCACCCAGUGCUGGAAAAGUUGCGUGCCUCCCACAGCUACAACCCGAAGGACUUUGAAUGGAACCUGAAGAACGGCCGCGUUUUCAUCAUAAAGAGCUACUCUGAGGAUGAUAUCCAUCGCUCCAUCAAGUACUCCAUCUGGUGCAGCACGGAGCAUGGCAACAAGAGGCUGGACUCUGCCUUCCGGGCCAUGAAUGCUAAGGGUCCGGUGUACCUUUUGUUCAGCGUCAACGGCAGUGGUCAUUUCUGUGGCGUGGCAGAGAUGCGCUCACCAGUGGACUAUGGCACCAGUGCUGGUGUUUGGGCACAGGACAAGUGGAAAGGCAAGUUUGAUGUGGACUGGUUGUUUGUAAAGGAUGUGCCUAAUAGUCAGCUACGCCACAUCCGUUUGGAGAACAAUGACAACAAGCCAGUGACCAACUCCCGUGACACCCAGGAAGUUCCUCUGGAGAAGGCCAAACAGGUGCUUAAGAUCAUCGCCACCUACAAACACACCACCUCCAUUUUUGAUGACUUUUCUCAUUAUGAGAAGAGGCAGGAAGAAGAGGAGGAGGUACGCAAGACUUUUGAACCUGCCCCGAUACAGAAUCGAUCUCGGUUGGAUCAGGAGCGCCAGAACAGGAAUAAACAGUAGAAGACAAUUAUCUUCGGCUUGAACAGUUACACUAGGACUUUUGGUUUAAAAGACAGAAGAUUAUGAAAAUGCAACCAAGCCCUUCAGUUCUUUUUCUAUUUUAUCCUCUGCCAUCAUCGAGACUUGUGCUUUUUUUGCCCCAUGUACCACCCACUUCUUGUGCAGGGAUACCAAGCUGAUUUAAUGUAUAACCUAGACAACACCCCCACACUCAAGUCUUUUUUUGUUUUUAAAUCUAUAUAUAUAAUUUUUCUUCUCGUUCCAUCUCGUACUCUUCUCUCGCCAGACUGGUUUUCUCUCUCCUGUCCCCCAACCCUCUCCUCUUUCCAACUGAAUCAGGGUUUGACUGCACCAUGGAGUAAAAAUCUGCCACUUUAUAUUUCAGUACAAUCAGGAACGGAUGUGUCCUGCCCCAGUUUGUCCAUUUGGGGGCAACAUUGCCAUGCUUCAGAGUUUUAACUGUGCCAACAGGGUUGGAAGAUCCCAAAGGCAAUGUCGGACUUGGAACUGUGCGAUAAUAAACUUCAAUGGUUUAUCUAUUUUUCAUUCAGAUUGACGAAAUCUCUAUUUUUUUGGCUUACUACUGACAAUUUUCAUUUCAGAAACCUGUUUUCUGGAGCCUUAAUGUUUUUUUUUCUUUUUGUUUUGUUAUUGGUGACUUCUCAAAAGUACUGCGCAAACAGUGACACUGCUGGAGAAAUCAGGGAUAGUGUGAAGUCACACAGGACUCAAUACAUUUCAGAGGAGGAAUUGCAUAGGCCUCUGAAUAAGAAAUAAUGGAUGUGUCCUCCACAACCAGAACUGUCACAAUUUAAGAAAUCCUAUUAUUGGCCUCCUUCACACCGGUCUGCUUCGCUUUCUUUUCGUGUUUUUCUAGAAAGGGGUUAUUUGUAUGUUUCAUCAGGAGAUGUGUGUGCAACCCAGUCUGAGAGAAUUGUCGCAUUCACCAUUUUAAAUUGUUUUAUAAUCAGAAUUAUGUAAUGAUGUAACUGCUACAGUGAAUGAAUCAUUGCUCGUGCAUUUUUGUCCCACAUAAUUGGGGGAUGGGAGGGUUCACUGAUUAGUCCAUUCACCAUAAAUCUGUCUUAAACUUUUCUUUUUGUUUUUCUCUCUUCCCUUGAGUUUUGCUUUUGCUGAGUCUGUCAUGUUGGUCGUACUGCUAAGCUUUAACGUAGGAGCCUAUAUAUUCAUGGAGAAAGCCUGAAAUGUAUAACCUAAAAUUAAUGUAACUGAUUUACUAUUGAGUAAGAAAGAUGCGAAUGAAAUACGGUUUCUGUGUUGUUGGGUUAUGUUUUUUUGGCUGUUAAAAAAGGUAAAAAGGAUAGUUUUGUUUUAGACGGCACCAUUGAUGAUGCACUAAAGUGCUUUCAGGUACGUAAAGGGAGGAAUAAUUGCCUAUUAAAAGAACAAAGUCACCAAUAGUUGUUUGUGCCAUGCAUGGCGAGCUGCAUUAUUGUAAUUCUGCUUCAAAUGUUAAAACUAUUAUCCAUCCUGCAGUUCGUCGCUGAGGUGAGAGGGCUGAUGCUAUUUAGUCUUUUAAAGGACAGUGCCCCCUGUUCUCGUGUCAUUUGGAGCCAGAAUGCAGUUUAUGUUAAUGAGCAUUUGAGAUCAGCAGGUUCUGUCCUCUUGAUUAGUUUGACAUUGUCAUUUCAGUAGUUUGUAGAUUGCAAGGUUAAUAUGUUGUAGAGAGGAGUCCUGCUAGUAGUAGCUGUCAUUUCAUGCCAAGGGGCCAUUUCUUGACAUUUGUUUAAAUCUGGUUUAGCUCCGUGGCAAUCCAAUCAAAUGUUUGAUCUGAAAUCAUACUGACAGUUGGACCUGUUUGAAAGUGGCCUCACAAACUGGCCGUGUAUGCGCUAGCGUCUAUCCUGAUUCUGUCAGAUUUUUACUUGGUUGUGUUAAGCUGGCAGAAGGGCUGCACUUUGCUCAAGUCAGUGUGAAUAUGAAUUGUAGGCUCUCCAGCAGCAUUUACAGAUGUGUAAAGCUGCGCUGUGUUUUUUAUUUCUUCCUAGCCAGUCUAUCCGCCUGUAAUCUAACCUGGCCUCUAACAGGAUCAUUUAUUUCCCUGUUUCUUCUCUUUAUACCUAAUCAAUAGCUAGGUUGAUCCCGAGCAAUACGGUGAACUCCCUUCACAUGUUUGCCUUCACCAACUCGCCGCCGAAGGAAGCCAUCCACAUUGCAGCCACAAUGGUCUUUGCAUCACAAGCUGGUUUGGGUUUUAUAGUACAGGGCUUACAUGUACGUCAAUUAUAAUUGUGUGAAGAUGUGUGCUGCAAUAUAGGGAUGUCAGGUUAGCCAUGAAACGUAUAUGUAUUCACACUACAAAGGAUUAAUGACAACAAAUAUUAAAUGAACAUUGAUUAUCUUAUAGACCACAGUUGUAGUGGGCAUAAUAACUUGUUCAGAAGAUUUAUCUUGGUUUUUCUUUAUAGAGGAAAUCAAGCCUUAAUAAACUGUCCAUUAAGAAAUUG